CGGGCGUACAUCUGCUGCACAGCACAGCCAUCGCUGCUGCGCCAUUAGGCGGCUGCAUAACAAAUAACAAAUGUCACUGCUGAACAGGCGUACUCUGCUACACAUGAUAUGUUUUUAGAUUGUUCAUAACCGCUGGCUUUCUCUCGCCUUCGUUCCCCCGCCUCAUGACGAGCAUCCACACAAUGUCCAAGCCAAGCAAGUCUUGUAGCGCGCUUCGCGUCAUUUCCUGGAGAACCACAGCAAACACAGCCCCAGAGGACUAUACAUGCAAGAUUGACGACAUUUCUCAAGACGGACACUACACACUAUGCAAAGAGAGGGGAUUCUCCAUCAUAUUGGCGAGUGCUAAUGAACUCAGCCGGCCCUUUCCCACCGCCGCUUCUGCGAGAGCACAACUCAGCACUCUCUUCAAGAUCCCCGAUGUCUGGUGGCAGGCAUCAUGUAAAACCUCCAACGGCUACUUUGGUAGCAAAACCAUACACGGGGACAACAAUGCUGGUCUAGUCACCUGGUGCAGCUUCAAGGUGAAACAACUCACAGCCACUGCCAUCGAGGUAACCGAUUAUACAUGGCCAAGGAUGAAUGUUAUUUCUCGCUGGUACAAGGACACACAGCACACCGCCAUUCUCAUAUUCGACCCGCCACCACAUCUGGGCGACCAGUGGACAUCGGCUCUUUUGCAGAACGCACCGCACGUCGAGCUGGACAACCCAUUCUGGAUAUACCCCGUACUGGGCAAUCUCUUGGUAGAGCUGCAAAACACCUCUGUCUGGACGUGUCGCGAUCUUGUACGGGCCGUGGAAAAGGAUCGCCUGGGCCUGCUUGCAGAACGCUUUACGUACGAGAGCCUGCACAAUCUUUCGCGGCACAUUAUUCAUGUUUCAGAAAUGCUGGAUGUUGGCGCCCAGGUUGCUGAGACAAUACAGCAGCAUCGGCAACUCUUUGAAGCCCGUCAACAAGACCGUCUAGUCCCGAGCGCUAUACACCAAGAGCUCAUGUUUAUCCAGACGAUGCUCAACAGUUUGAAGAAACGCAGUGACUCCAACAUGGCGCGCUUGCAAAACGAAAUCAGCCUCUGUUUCAACGUGGUGACGCAGCGGCAGGCGCAUGUGUCGGUGCAGAUUGGCGAAGCGGCAAAACGGGAUGGUGAAGCGAUGCGUGUGAUUGCUGCCGUGACGCUCCUCUUUCUGCCGUCUACGUUCGUGUCUGCUAUUUUUAGUACGAGCUUCUUCAACUAUGACCACGGUGCGGGCGUAUGGGCCAUCUCGGAUAAGUUUUGGAUAUACUGGGCGGUUGCUAUCCCGCUUACAGUGGUGUCGGUAUUAACGUGGGUGCUAUGGACCAGACGCAGGGGGUAGACCAAACGUAGUGGUGUGAUUGGAUAGAUGUAUGUGUGAUGAUGUGAAACUGUUAUGAAAUAAUGAUAUGCUAUUCGAGCUGUGUCUGCUAUACAAGUGUCGUUCGCUAUAGUGUACUAUGAUACUGUAGAAGCGUCUGUUAUAUGCAAGUAAUAUACACACAUAUCCUUGUUUAAGAAAAAAGCCAUUGGAGUUUUGUAAAAUAGUAUAUAUACAUUAUCCAUAUAUAUUCGCAGAUUUAAGAGAGACAUGUCCUCCCAUUUUAUACACAAAACAUACAUCAGAUCAAAGACAUAAGAAUCUCAAGGCUUAUUUGCCGGGGCUGCCAGCAAGGCAGAGGAACUUGCGGCCAGUCUUAUCCUCGAGAGCAUUGAGGAUCAAGUUCCAGACAUUGGUGUCGUAGGCCUCGCCAAUGUGGCCAACGGGGUCGUACGGGCAGUAGUCCUGGACGUAGAUGUUGUUGACGCCAGCCUCGUCUAUGAAAGAAGUGGUAGUAGGGGUGACAAGCUCGUCAUACUUGGAGGUGAUGACAGUGACCUUGUUGCCAGGCUGGGCAAUAGGCUUGCCGUCGUUGAGUUUCUUGAUGGCAUCACCGCCAGUAGAGAGGUCGACGCAGGCCUGGCAGCCAAAGGUCUCGAGGACAGUGUUGACAAGCGGGUUCAGGGAGAGAAUGUCCGCCAGCUUGCGCAGGUUGGCAAAGGUGGUGCCGUGGGUAGGCGGCGCCAGGGCAACCACACGCUCGACAAUGUCGGCGAUGCCCUUGACCUUGGGCGUGUAGAUGGACUGGAAGGCGCCCUCGGAGUGACCGACCAGAUCAAUCUUGGCGGCGCCCGUCUUGUUCUUGACGUCACGGACAAAGUCGGCGAUUUGCUGCGACGACUCGUCGACGGACUUGAGGCCGCCGACAAAGGGGAAGUUGGGGUAGUCGCCGUAGGUCAGGGUGAAGGUGCAGAACUGGUUGCGCUGGAGGUAGUCCUCGAGGAAGUUGAUGUCUUCGUAGUAGGUGGCGCCGAGGCCGUGGAGGAGCACGACGGGGUUGGGAUGGACCGAUGACUUGCACGAGUAGUCGUUGUGCUUGGGGACGGUGCGGGCAGCGAGGGGGGAGGCGGCGACGGCCGAGGCGAAGAGGAGGGCAACGUUGGCGAGCAUGAUGAUGAUGGUUUGUUGAAAAAGUAGAAGUAUACAGGAAAUAGAAAAUCAAGACAAAAAGACUAAGGCUUCUCUGUCUAGCUAAGCUAUAAUGCCAGGGGGAUGGAUGGGCAGAUCUCGAUGGGUAUAUAUACUGACCCUUGUCACUCUACGCACAUCACCAUCAUCACAAACACCAGGAGAAAAAACACAAAUAGGCAACCUGACCACCCAGAACAGAGCCCACUUUCUUCGCUUCUUUUGCCCAAACGGUCCAGGGGCGAUGGCAGCCUACCGGGCGAGAGGCCCCUCUCCUCCAGGGUCGUAUUGUCAGUAACUCACUGGGGUCGCGGCUAGCCGCCUCUGUCGGCCAUGUAAUUGCAAAGAGAAAAAAAGCAAAUACCGCGAAAGAGGGGCCCGGGCAAGGUCAGGCCGGCGAUUAUGCCCUGCAGUGCAGCGUCACACUCCGCUUGCGUUGCC